AUGGAGAGCCAGAAAACAUUAAACGCAGAACUCGAAAAUCUAUCACCAUGCGGCAGUGGAAAAAGGAGUACAAGCAGCCAUUCAAGUUCACCCGAGUUCGAGUUCUGGAUGGUCCGAAACCCGCCUUUUCCCGAACCCGACCUCAUCUCUGCCGAUGAACUAUUCGUUAAUGGCGUUCUCCGUCCUCUCCAUCUCUUACCCAACAAACAACCCGAAGAGAACCCACAAAUAGACUCAAAUCAACCCGCAUCACAACCUCCUAUACCCGACCCUGACCCUAUUAUAACAUCGGAUCCGGUUCCUGUAUUGUCAGCUUCGAAACGGUGGAGAGAUAUCUUUAAGAAAGAAAAAGGAAAAAACGGAAAACAAAGUAAAAAAGACAAGGAUAAAGAGAAAGAGAAGAAGAAUCAUAGUCCGAGUCAAAGCGGUGCCAGUGGAGCUGAGUUGAAUAUAAAUAUUUGGCCUUUUCCAAGGAGCAGAUCUGCCGGUACCCGGCCCAGGAUGACAUCCCGGUCGACGGAUACCCGUAAGGUAAGUAGCGCCCCGUGUUCCCGAAGCAACUCGGCGGGUGAAUCCAAGUCUCGAAAGUGGCCGAGCAGCCCCGGCCGGGCAAGGGUUCACUUGGGCCGAAGCAGCCCAGUUUGGCAGGUCCGGCGCGGAUGUUCCCCUGCGAAGACUGUCGAUGUUACGGGUCGGAGUGCUGAAAAGAGUAGCGCUAGAAAAGAAGUUGCCGAGCCUUGUGGCGGUAAAAUUGGUACGAAUGGAAACAACGCUAACAAAGCCAAGGCUUUGAAUUUGCAUGUGCCAAUGUGCAUUGGGUAUAGGCAUCAUUUGAAUUGUAGAACCGAUGAAAAUAGUGCGAUGCUCGCCGGUAGUAGUACCGGCAGCGAUGAUGGCGGCAAUGUUAGAAGCAGCGACGCCAACGUUGGAAGUGGUAGUAAUUUUUUUAAUUUGCGCAAUCUUUUCACUAAGAAAGUUUAUUAA